AUGCGAGCACUGUCUGUUAACACAACAGAAGAGUCAAUGGAAGCAGAUUUUGGAGACACGUCGAAAAAUUUUGCGAAUAAGUCAUCGCAAACGGAAGAUUUCAAUUUGACAUUCCUCACUCGCUCUGAUUCAAUUAAUAUGAUCGUUGAUUCUCCAGCUACUACUACCGCAACAGCCUCUGAUACUGCAUCGACUAAAGGUUUGGCAUCGUCUUUAGUAAGUUCUCACAUUUCUGUACCAUUUUAUCAUCUAUCUAAAUCACACUCUCGCUGUCCAAUAUGUAAUGUUGAUUUUUCCUCUAACUUUCGAGCAUCGGUUUUUACCAAUGAUGUUCGAGCUCGAGAGUUCUUGGAGGACGAUAUUUUAAUUUCAUUUGGUUCGCGAUGCUGUGAAAAGCAUAUUAAUGCCGGUUAUUUGAAUGCUGCAGCUUUACAACGCAUUCGAAAUAAAGAAAACAAGUGUUAUCUUGGCGUAGAAGAGUUAGCAGACAUGUUGGCUAUCGUAAAAAAUGCAUUUCUACUAAAAGUCUCGACCAUAGACGACUUUAGGAAUGCUCCAUUAUUGAACUUCGAUGAUUUAACACGAAUCACAUCUGAUAAUUAUUAUGUUCUUACAGGACUAAGCCGUACCGACUUCGACAAUCUCUGCUCACGCAUUCCAUCUUCUGCAUUGAGAAACACUCACAAUCGAUCAGCACGAACUGCAAUCGCUUGCUUAUUAAUGAAGCUAAGGUUAGGCAUCAGUCAUCAAGUUUUAGCAACUCUGUUUUCAUUUAAAGACAAACGUGCUGUAUCUCGUAUGUUUCAUAGUGUGCGUAAAGCUCUUGUUGAGCACUUUGUGCCACAUUUUCUGGGAUUCGAACAUAUAAAACGAAGAGAUGUAAUCGAUCUGCACACACGUCCAUUAGCGACUGAAUUAUUAUCUGAUCAACCUGAUCGUGCUAUAUUAAUACUGGAUGGUACAUAUAUCUAUUUUCAAAAGAGUGCCAAUAACGUUUUGCAAAGACGAACAUAUAGUAUGCACAAAGGAAAGCCUUUGAUUAAGCCGAUGUUAAUUACUACAACGACGGGCUACAUUGUGUCAUGUAUGGGACCGUACUUUGCUGACUAUAAAAAUAAUGAUGCUGAGAUAACGAAGCAUAUUAUAUAUAAAAACAAACAAAAUAUCGUAAAG